CUUCAGCUAUAUAAAGCUAUCACAGCUAUUCGGGCAGAGCUUUCGUUAUUAGUGACAAUGGGUUGCUCAAACAAUUGUAUUUUACCGUGUAUUCUAGUUUCCAUUUUGGUGGCUAUAAUCAUGGCCGAACCUAAGGAGAACAUUAGCGCAAAGGCUAAAAGAAGCCCACAAAUGCCGGAUAUGCCGCCACCGCCAACUAUGCCGAAUGGAUUCCCACACCCAAUAAAAUCUCUACGUCGAAGUGCCAGACAGGCAUUACCUGAUGAACCUUCAGCGCUUGCUCUAAUGGUUCCAGCGGGAUCAUUGCAUCGAGCCACCAGACAAGCACCUCCCGAUGAACCUCCACCGCCAGCACCGUUGGAUGCUCCAGCAGCAUCUUCGCAUCGAGCUACCAGACAGGCGCCACCCGAAGAUACUCCAGCACCUCCCUUAACGGCCCCAACGGGAUCGUUGCAUCGACAUUUUAGGCUGUCAGACAAGCGCCUCCCGAAAUACCUCAACCGCCAGCAGAAUUUACGCGUACACGGGCUACUAGACAGGCACCCCCAGAUGAACCUCCACCACCAGCUAUGAAGGUUUCAUCACCUUCAAAUACUAACGAUUUCGCAAGUACAACGCAGGUACAAAAUCACCGCCAAAUGCGUUCAGCGUCUGAUGCAGCAUUUCAUGGAAACCCGGAGAGUGGAUUGAACCGAAAAUUGCAGUUGAGUUUACGCACAAAACGCGAGGCUCGUGGAACCGGUGGAAGACUUUCAAGCCGCACCGGAUGAUGCAUUUCUGUUUUCUGUAUUCUGUAUUUUUACCUGCAUAAUAAAUAUUCCCUCAAUCAAUCCAAA